AUGAGCAAGCAAGCCGAAGAAGAGCAACUUGCAUUCCUUGAUUCCGGAAGGAUCAUUGGAAUUAUUAACCAGCUAAAGGAGAGCGAGGACCCGGAAAAGAUAGUUACUAUUCAGAUCCAGGUGAACCUCAAGGGAUUCGACCCCAGAAAGGACAAUAAGGUGUCGAAGGACAUGGUUCUGCCCUAUAGGGUGCGGAGCCUCGACAAGACGAUUGUGAUCGCUGACGAGGCGCAUGUCAAAGUAUGUAUCGAUGCGAAUCUGCCGUACGUGCCUAUCGACGAAAUAAGCGGGGACGAUAAGAAGGAUAUAAGAGAGUCUGUUCUAAAGAAGAAUAAGUUCUUUAUCCUCUGCCCUGGAUAUAACAAGAUUUACCAGCUCAAGAACAUUCUUAGAUGCGGAAAGACACCCCAUAUUCUUAGGAACGGCGACGACAUCAACGCUGUUUUCGAGACGGGAAAGAAAUCCUGCAAGCUCCGCAUCCAGGACGACUUUUCCGUUACUUCGUUUACUGUAGGCCACACCGGGAUGGAUUCCGAGCACAUAUACGAGAACAUCAAGGUGGGGAUGGGACUGCUUGUCUCCUAUCUAAAGAAUGGGUCCCAGAACCUGAAAGGUGUGAUGAUCAAGACUGACCAGUCGCCUCCGGUGACUCUCUAUUAA